UAAAGACUUCAAUAAUCUAUGGACUUAGGCAAGGAAAAAUAUAAUUCUUAAAUGUUACAAGGAUUAUUGACUUUUAAAUUGGUAAAUAAGUUUUAGUGUGCAAAGUCAAAUAGUUGGAUUCCAAACUUUUCUGAAUUAGUUGGGAGUCAUUUCCAUGGUGGCUGAUGGGUGAAAUGCUUGGCUUCAAAACCGAUGGGCCUCUGGUUGGAAUUUCAUUGAAGACUGGGAAUUUGAAUUUUAGGAUCCUCUUAUUCCACCCAACUCUAUUGGGUACUUGACAUUAUUUGGGAAACAAAAUUAGUUGUUCGUUGUGCUGACAUAUGACACAAUUGUUAGCCAAAGAAACAGAAGACCUUUACAUCACCUGUUUUAUAGAAUGCAAGGUCUGAAAAGAGAACUAAAUCAAGUGAAAAUAUUAGCAAAAACAUUUUGGUUAUUGAUUUACAAUUGGUUAACAAAAUCAGAAUGCCUGUAUGAUUAUAAAAGAAGCUCAGGACCAAAUCAAAAGCUUGGACAUUCUCCUCACUGGGCCAACAAACAAAAGGAUAUGUUUGAAAAAAAUUAUAAAGUCUUGGAACAGAAGUUGUCUUCAGGUGAACAAAAAUCUGAAAGAGCUAGAAAGUGAAAAGAACAAAUUAAACAAAGCCAUUUAAGAAUUGCAGAAGGAAAAUACAGAUUUGGAAAGCAAAAGAGCCAGCGCUGAACAUGAGAGCCAUGCUAUUUCUGCUCAGCUGGAAAAGGAAAAGAACAUUGUAAAGAAUCUACAGAAAGAAUGCUCGUCACUUCAGUCUUAUGUCUGUAAACUUCAGAAUGAGGUGAAAGAACUAGAAUCCAAGAAAAUCAAAUUAGCAAAAAUCAUUUCAAAGUUGGAAAAUACUAAAGCUAAUUUGGAGAAAGAUAGGGAUGCCAUCUCUUCUUGUUUGAAUGAGGAAAAAGAAAGGUAUAAGAAAGAAUGUGCCACUUUAAUGUCAACAAUAACACAUUUGCAAAGGCAGGGGAAAAUCUAUGAUGAGGAAAAUAAUAAAAUGGACAGAACAAUCCAAGAGCUAGUGAGAAUGAAUGCCAGUCUAGAGAAAACUAAAGAUAUCAUUGCUACUCAGCUUGAAGCCGAGAGAGACAAGCCACAGAAAGAGUUAAAAUCAUCCAUAUCAGUAUUACUAGAGGAAUCAGAGGCAGAGAAAGUCAAGUUAAGCAGUAGAAUAACGGAGUUACAGAAAGAGACUUUAGAAUUGGGAAAGAAAUUAGAAAAUACUGAGCAAGAGUUUCAAUCUGUUUCAUCCCAACUUUUGGAAGAAAAGAGUUCAGUCAGCACUAUCAAAGAAGAAUGCUCAGCAAUGAAUUUUACCAUUUUAAAAAUGGAGAAUGAAAUAGCAGAUUUGAAAACUGAAAAAAUUAAUUUAGUCCAAGGUUUAUCAGAGUUAGAAAACGUAAGAGCUAGUCUUGAGAAAGACAAAAAUGGCCUCUCUUCAUGCAUAGAGGAGGAAAGAGAAAAGUCCAAAAAAGAAUGUUCAGUUUUUAUGUCAUUAAUAACAGAACUAAAACAGGAACGUGAACAGUUUCACCCGGAAGUGGUUCAAUUAAAAAUAACAAUUGAUGAGCUAGAGAAAAAAAAUGCUAGCUUAGAGAAUGAUAAGAAAGCUAUUUCUUCCCAAUGGGAAUUCGAAAGAGACAAAUCACAGAUUGCACUUGAAGAAUCAGAGGCAGAGAAAGAGAAAUUGAAUGCUAUGAUAUCAGAAGUACAGAAAGUGUCAUUGGAGUUGGAAAAGAAAUUAGAAGAUUCAGUACAAAAGUGUCAAGCGAUUUCUUCUGAACUGAAGGAAGAAAAGAUCUCAGUCAGCACUUUCAAAGAGGAGUACUCAUUGAUGAAGUUAGCUGUUUCAUCAAUGGAAACUGAAUUAGCAGAUCUAAAAGCUGAAAGAACAACUUUAGUUCAGACUAUGUCAGAAUUAGAAAAUGCUAGAUAUGCUCAUUUAGAAAAUGAUAUGAAUAUCAUUUCUUCCCAGCUAGAUGCUGAGAGAGUCAAGUCAGCAAAAAAGAAUUUUGAGCUUAAGUCGACCAUAUCUGCAUUGCAAGAAGAAUCUCAGGCAGAAAAAGACCAAUUGAAAAUGACCAUAUCUGCAUUGCAAGAAGAAUCUCAGGCAGAAAAAGACCAAUUGAAAAUGACCAUAUCUGCAUUUCAAGAAGAAUUUCAGGUAGAGAAAGACCAUUUGAAAGCUACCAUAUCAGAAUUACAGAACGACACCAUAGAAUUAAAAGAGAAAUUAGAUUACACUAAGCAAGAGUGUCAAACUGUUUGGUCUCAACUGCAUAAAGAAAGGGAGUCUCUAAACUCAUACAAAUUAGAAAACUCACAGAUGAAAUCAACUAUUUUGAAUAAAGAGAAAGAAAUAGCAGAUUUGAAAGCUGAAAUUAGAAAUCUAGCUAUUACUUUAGUGGAAUCAGAAUACAUUAGAAACGACCUUGAGAAAGGCAAAAAUGUCCACUCUUCUUGCUUAGCUGAUGAAAGGGAACAAUUCAAGAAAAAAUGCUCCGUUUUGAACUCAUCAGUAGCAGAACUGACACAGAAGCUUGAGCACUGUGAGAAUGAGAGAAGUAACUUGAAUCAAACAAUACAGGAGCUCAAGACUAUGAUUGUCCAUUUGGAAAAAGACAAGGAGGCUUUGUCAUCACUGCUGGAAGAAAACUGGAAACUGAUUAAAAAAAUAGAGCCUUUCAGAGAUGUCUUGGAUAAUUUUCAAAUGGAAAAAAAAUUCUUAUUGGAAAGAGACAAAUAUAAAAGUGAGCAAAUGGAAAGAUUGACCAAAGAAGCCAUUAAAAACAUGGGUCAUCAAAACCAUCGCCAGAAAGUCAAAUAUGUGGAGACUUUGAAAAAGAUUGCUCCGGUGAUUGCUACUGCACAAUGUGACUCUUCAAAAAUGACACAGACACCUGGUGAGCCAAGAAUUCCUUUUAAAGGAAAAAAAUGCUGUCUGAAUCUGAGUGCAUGUGCCCAGUAUGCAUUAGCUUACUCAUCCAACCCGUAACGUUCCCCUGCAAUCACUCACUGUGUUUAAAAUGUUACAAGGAAACAGUGGAAAAAGCCAACCUCUCAUGCCCAGUCUGCAGGAAGCGCAUUUCAGUCUGGGCCAGGAAAGCUGCCAAGGAAAAUAAAUUGAUAAACAUGGAAAAGUGGAAAGACAUCCAAGAGGCCUUCCCUGAAAAAGUGAGGCGCAGGAUGGAAGCCAGUGAAGAAAGCAACAGUGAAGAUGAAGAAGAUGAUUUUGAAGCCUAGGAAAGAAGACAAAUUUCCUGUCCUGGAGAAAUCAGACAAGAAUAUGAAGCUGCUAUUCAGCAGAUUCAGCAAAAAAAGGACGAACAGGCAAAGAAAGAGGAGGAGGCCAGUAAAGUAAAUUUUGAAGCUCUGCAACAGGAAGAAUUUUUGUCAGAAAAUGUGGAAAUAGAAGAGAAAGCACUGAUGCUUGAAAAG